CUUUUUCUUUCUCCAGGGCGGGCGCGAAUCCCACGAGGCACGCGUCGAGGGUGAGGCGCGUCCGACAGAGGCCAUCAUCAUCCACACGCUCCACCAAGCACCAGCUUCCGGAACCCAAGUGAUUGACUACACUCUCGAAAGGAAACGGCAAGAAUGGAGGCAAAGCUACAAGCGCUCAAGGUGCCGGAGCUCAAGGCGCUGCUGCAAAAGGCCAGCCUGCCGACGUCGGGCAACAAGGCCGACCUGGUGCAGCGUCUCGUCGAGAAUCCGGCCGCCGCGGCUUCGGUCACGGGUGGAGGAGGAGAAGGAGAGGCCGAAGAGGAGGACUUGAUUGGGGAGGAUCUAGACAAUGCGCCAAAGGCAGCAGCGGCGGCAGCUGGGGCCGCGAAGCAGACGCCUGCGUCCACCGCGCCGCCCAAGCCUUCCACAACAGCCCCAACGACAGCCGCGCCCGCUGGUGCUGCCAACCAGGCCCCGUCUUCAGGAACAGCAGCAGCACCGGCCAGCACAGAAGCACAGCAGCCCGCCGAGACACCAGAGGAACGCAAAGCUCGGCUCGUCGAGGAGCUCGAGAAGCGAAAGGCCCGUGCUGCUCGUUGGGGCACCGCGACGGGCGAGGCAGAGGCUAAGCUGGAGCGUGCGAUCAAGUUUGGCAUCGAUGCAGAGUCUGACGGCGCGCUCAAGACUCUCGAUGGCGGGCUCAAGGCUGGACACGGGAAAGGGGCAGCAAAGAACACUGCGUCUGCUGCUCCUGCUCCUGCUGCCAAGUCGACGGCGGUAAAGGAACCUGAGACGGAGGAGCAAAAAGCGGCGAGAUUGGCGCAACAGCAGGCAGAAGAGGAGAAGAAGAGGAAGAGGGCCGAGCGCUUCGGCACUGUCUCCCAAGCGCAACCAGCAGCACCAGCACCUGCAGCACCGGUGUCUGACCCCGCAGAGGAAGAGCGCAAGCGCAAGCGCCUCGAAAAGUUCGGCCAAGCCGCCUCGUCACCGCCGGCUGAGAAGAAGGCAAAGGCUUGAGUCUGGACAAUGCUGUGAAUUAUUUGUAGUCUUUGUCUCGGUCAUUCAUGAAAAGCAGAGCAAACGCUGCACCUGUGCCGUGAGACGUAGUGAUGAGAAUGUAUCUGUGGUGGAUGCCCAUUGUAGAAGAGAGUGUGGGAGGAGAUGUCAUGGUACGAGUACAUGAGAAAGAAAACAGGCAUCGACCGACGGCAUCGCAAGCCUCCUCCCGUGAGAAUGGAUGCCGUCGAAUCGUCGCUGCCAUUGUAAUUGAUUUUGGUGUGUGUUGUGUGAACCGCAUGUAGUAGCGAGUGGCUUAGAACCGGAGAGGGGUAAAGAACCAGCGGUUCUUUCCGCUC